AUGGGAGGAUUGACAGCAUGCAGAGAUUCCGUACGGUCAAUUCGUGACUACGUAAGGGCCAGCACAGCCGCGGUAUGGCCAGUUAAAGUCCCACCCUUCGUACCUCCGAUCACGUUCACUGCAGACGACUUGGAUAGAGUUAACUUUCCACACAACGACCCUCUCAUCAUCGAAUUACACGUUGGUGAGAGCGAAGUGACAAGGAUCAUGGUCGACACAGGAAGCUCCGUCAACGUUAUCUUCAGAGACGUCCUCGACAAAAUGGAGGUUAAUAACAGAGAAAUCAAACCAUCGAUCAGGCCACUCACUGGGUUCGACGGAAAUUACAUGAUGACGUCCGGCAUAAUCAAAUUGCCGAUCUACGUAUCUGGCGUACCUUCGUGGCACAAGUUUGUCGUGGUUGACAAACCAGCAGUCUAUAACAUCAUUCUCGGAUCCCCCUGGAUUCACAACAUGAAGGCCGUCCCGUCGACUUAUCAUCAGUGUGUUAAAUUCCCCUUGUCCGGCCAGAUAUUCACUAUCAAGGGCAAUUAA